AUGGCAUCUUACAUAUUUUCUAAAUUAACAUCCCCUAGUAAGCCCAUUACACCUAGUAAACCUAGAAUUGAGAUUGAAGAAGAAAAUGAUAAUGCUAAAAAGACCCCAAUAGUGAAUGUUGAUGAAAGUGAUGAUGAUGCUGAGGAGGUUGUGGAGGAGGUUGGUGAUGAUGAUGUUGAGGAGGUUAGGGAUGAAUGUUUUGAUGAUUUUUGUGACAAACAAAAUUCAAAAGAUGAUUAUAAUGAAAGUUGUCCUUGUGUUAGUCAAAUGUUCGAUAGCUUAGAUGAAGCGGAGAUGUUUUAUAGGGAUUAUGGUAGACGUGUUGGUUUUGAGAUGAUAAUUAGAACCACACAUAGGCGUGUGAAAAGGGAGUUAACGGGUGGCUUGGAGAAUAUUGGAUUUGGUAAUCAAGAUGUUCGGAAUGUAUUGUGUGAUAAUCGACAUUAUGUGUUUGAUUCGAGUGAUGCUUUAGAGGGUUUGGCAUUACUUCGAGAAUUGAAACGUAAUAGUCAAGGUGAAUUUUUCUAUAAAGUUGACGUGGACGAGGAAAAUCGUGUGCGGGCCAUGAUGUGGGUUGACCUGAGAUCAGUCAAUGCCUACAAAAAUUUCGGAGAUGUUGUUGUUUUUGACUCCACGUAUCGUACUAAUAGGUAUUGCAUGCCGUUCGUGCCAUUUACAGGGGUAAAUCACCAUUAUCAGUCGAUUUUGUUCGGAUUUGCCCUGAUAAGGGAUGAGAGUUGGUUGGAGGCUAUGGGGAACGUGGCUCUACAAACGAUCAUCAGCGAUCAAGACAUUACUAUUGGAAAUGCAAUUGCCGAAGUUUUGCCUAACACAAGUCAUCUAUAUUGUACGUGGCAUAUAAGUACAAAAUUUGGUAAAAAAUUGUCGCAUUUAUAUGCAAAUCAUGAUCACUUCAAAGAAGAUUUCAACUCUUGCAUCUACAAGUCACUAACGGUUGCACAAUUCGAAGAUAGGUGGGAGGCAUUAGUUGAAAAAUACGAUUUGAUGAACCAUUCUUGGUUACAAGAUAUGUACUCCGUUCGACACAAGUGGGUCCAUGUUUACACUAAACUGCACUUCACAACCGGGAUGACCACUACCUCCAGAAGUGAGUCAAUGAAUUCUUUCUUCAAUGAAUUUGUCAAUGCUAGUACCGGUUUGAAGGAGUUUAUAGAGAAUUCACAGAAAGCGUUGGAGAAACAAUAUUUACGUGAAAGAGAGGCUGAUUAUGAAACAAAGAACAAGGAAAGGUCCAAAAUAACAUCAUCAUCAUUGGAGAGUCAUGCGACAUCUAUUUACACAAAAGAAAUGUUUAGAUGUUUUCAACACGAACUCAAAGAAAGUGGAGCUUAUGUCGUGAUUGAUAAAGAGAGAAAUGCAAUUUACAAGCAUUACGAGGCAUACAAAACAACGGUCCAAGAGGAGUAUAGAAAAUAUAUUGUUUUGAUCGUCACCGACAAUGGCAACAUAACUUGUGUUUGUCGAAAAUUUGAAAGUUCGGGAAUGCUUUGCCGUCAUAUUAUUCGAUACUUGUAUAAGAUGCAAUGGUCAGAGAUUCCUAAGCAGUGCAUCACUUUGAGAUGGACAGUUGAAGGCAAUGAAAGAGUGGGAGCCUUACAACACAAGCGUCCUAAAAUUGAAUCGAAUUUUAUUGAAAAUAUUCCCAAUGAGAGUGGGGGAAAACGUGUGCGUGAGGAAGAAGAUGAUGCACAUGAGGUCGGGGAUGACGAUGAUGAUGAAAAUUUCAAUGAUUUGAGAAAUCCUAUACUAUCUCAAACCAAAGGUCGUAUUUUGAAAGGGUGA